UAAUAACAAGCAAUAUAUUUCGGAGAUAAAUAUUUUUUUGUCUACGAUAUCUAGUAUCUAUGAUAGUUGAGAAAUUAUUUUCCAAACACUUUUUGUAAAUCAGAAAGUAAUGUAAAAGAUAAACUUUGUGAACUUACUUAAUUUACAAGGUUUAAGCAAGUGGUUUAAUUUAAAAAAUUUAAAAAUGAUUUUUAUUCUUUAUUUUCAAAUGGCAAAAAAAGGAGUAUGGGUAUUUCAGUGUUUUUAAAUUACGUACAAUUCAAGCAACUUUAUAUAAAUUAAAAAAUUUAAAACGAAGGCCUGAACUAGUACAAUGAUUGUUCUGAUUGUUAUAUCCGUUAUACUUCUGGGCUAUCUAUAUCAGAAAUGGCACUACAGCUACUGGACCAGAAGAGGUGUAUACCAAAAAGAGCCAGAGUUUUUCUACGGAAAUUUAAAAGACGUUCUCAAAGGAAAAGUUAGUCUUAAUUAUCAAUAUAAGCUUUUGUACGAUAACUUGAAAUCGCAAGGGGUCAAAUAUGGAGGACAUUACGAACUCAUGAAACCAUCAUUCAUUCCCGUUGACUUGGAUAUUGUGAAAUCUGUUAUUCAGAAAGAUUUUAGCAGUUUUGUGAACCGUGGUAAUUACGCAAAUGAAAAAAAUGAUCCUUUGUCAGGGCAUCUGGUGUUCCUGGAGAAUGAAAAAUGGAGGAAACUCAGGGCAAAGUUGACACCUACGUUUACUACAGGUAAAAUGAAGAUGAUGUUUCCAACAAUGGUCGCCUGUACAGUGGAAUUAAAAAACAUUCUAGAAAAAGAAGCUACUCACACCGAUGGUGUAGAUAUCAAAGAAAUAAUCUCAAGAUUUACAACCGACAUUAUAGGAUCUGCAGCUUUUGGCAUCGAUUGUAAUAGCCUCAAGAACCCCCAAUCGGAGUUCAGGCAGUUUGGUAUAAACAUAUUCAAAGGAAGUGGUCAAAAAGGUAAAUUAAGAUUGCUAGCGAGAACCACUUUCCCCACGUGGAUACUUGAUUUAAUGAAACUGAAGAUGCUUUCUCAAGAAAUGGAUGACUUCUUCAUGGGUAUGAUAAGAAGUACCGUAGACUACCGAGAGAAGAACAAUGUCUUCCGACGCGACUUCAUGCAUCUACUACUUCAACUCAAAAACAAAGGUAGAGUCACUGACGACGAAGACAUUCGACCUGAUGACCAUAAAGACCCGAACGGUCAUUACUUGUCGUUUAAUGAAGUAGCUGCUCAGUGCUUUGUCUUCUUUAUCGCUGGUUUUGAAACUUCGUCGACUGCCACUACUUUUACACUAUUUGAGCUGGCACAGGACCAAGAAAUUCAAGAUAAGUUGAGAGAUGAAAUUAGGACUGUAUUAAAGAAGCAUAAUAAUGAGAUUACAUAUGACGGGAUUCUGGAGAUGACGUACUUGGAUCAAGUGCUCAAUGAAUCUCUUCGUCUUCAUCCACCAGCUGCAAGCAUAGGAAGAGUGUGUAACGAGGACUUUAAAAUUCCGAAUACAGAUGUCAUCAUUGAAAAAGGAAUUAGGGUAGUCAUACCAACCUUAGCCAUACACAGAGAUCCAGAUAACUACCCUAAUCCAGAUCUAUUUGACCCAGAAAGGUUUAGUGAAAAAAAUAAAGCUAAUCGACAUCCUAUGGCUCAUUUACCUUUUGGAGAAGGACCAAGAAUGUGCAUUGGUUCAAGAUUUGGACUAAUGCAAACGAAAGUUGGACUUGUAGCUGUUUUAAAAGACUUUAAAAUAACACUCAAUAAGAAGACUAUACUACCUAUAACGUACUCUCCAAAAUCUAUAAUCAUUAGUAUAAAUGGAGGCUUAUGGAUAAAUUUGGAGCCUAUAAAAUAAAUAAAGUAUUCAAAAAGUAAAGUGUUCAUAGAGUUUAAAAAUCCACGAGAAAAAAGUUUUCCUGUAGUUGGCUGUAUACCAUAUAUUACAAAAAUGAAUAAAAUUCGUUAUAAAAGGUAUAUCGCGCCUUCAGAAAUAUAAUUAGACAAGGCGGAAACGGCGGGUUCAUUGGGAAAAAUAUUCCCAUGAGAUAUUUUUGCAUAAUCACAUUCGUGAGACAUCCCAGAAUAAGGUUCAAGAAGUCGCCCACGAGAAAAGUGGGCCAAUUUUUUUUAACAAUUUUUUUUAAUCAAAUUGCAAAAAUCAAUAUUUUGGGCCCGCACAAUUUUUUUUUAGAUUUUUUGGACCAUUCUGGACAAAAAAGGUCUCUUAUAAUUUUUCUCUAAAGUUGAUAUUUUUCGAGUUGUAAGCAAGUUAAAAUUUGAAAAACUCGAAAAUGGCUAUUUUUAAGACUUAAUAACUCGGUCAAAAAUUAUUAUUAUGAAAGUCAGAAAGUGACUAAAUCAAAGUUUGAAGUUGCCGUUACAUGAUCCUGAAGAAAUCUGUGUCACUAAUUUACUACUAAGCUGUUAUUUUUAAUUAAUAACAAUGAGUGGUUAGAUACUAUUGACGCUGCUGGAAAUGUGAGUGCGAGUAAGAUACACAAUUGGACUGCUGGAAUGGCUUCUCUCUCGCACUCAGCAUUUACAGCCCCGCACACGUGCAUGACGCUUAUUAUUAUUACUUAAAAAUAACAGCUUAGUAAUAAAAUAAUGACAAACAUUUCUUCAUGAUCUUGUAGGGGGGGCGUUAAACUUUGAUUGAGUCAUAAUUGACGUUCAUAAUAAUAACUUUUAACCGAGUUAUUAAGCCUUGAAAAUCGCCAUUUUUCGUUUUUUUCAAUUUUAAAUUGCUUAUAAGUCGAAAACGAUCAACUUUAGAGAAAAAUUAUAAGAGACCUUUUUUGUCCACAAUGGUCCAAAAAAUUAAAGAAAAAAUUGUUCGGGCCAAAAAUAUUGAUUCUUGCAAUUUGAUUAAAAAAAAAUUGUUAAAAAAAAAUUGGCCCACUUUUCACGUGGGCGACUUCUUGAACCUUAUUCUGGGAUGUCUCACGAAUGUGAUUAUGCAAAAAAAUCUCAUGGGAAUAUUUUUCCCUUCGAACCCGCCGUUUUCGCCUUGUCUAAAUGGAUCAACUCAAAAUUUGUGUUAACUGUGAUUUAAAUGAUAAGGGCACAAAAUGAAAUUCUCUACCGGUUAGCGCUGACAGAGAGAGAAAACGAAUAUUAAUGGUUCAGUAACUAUAUUUGUGCCUCUCUUUUAUUCUCCUCGCCCACCUCUCGUUUUUACUACUACAAGGUAGCAAUCAGUAACAUGUCUUUCUAUGACGAAAAUCCUGGUGAGUUUGUGCUUUAACAUUUUGUAUUACUCGUAUAUAGAACAGUUUUUAGUUGAGCCGUUAUAUUAUGCAAAAUAUAAUAAAUGAAUAGGUCUAAUUCAUAAUAGAUCGCUAUUUUGCAUAAACAGUGACAGGCCAUUAAUAAUAUAAGGGAUCAAACUUAAAGAGUUCCUUAUUUUUGUUAUGUUUUUUUUGUAUACUAUAUGGGACUAACUUAAAAGUAUUUUUUUCCAUUACGUGUAAUUAAAUGAAUUUAUUUAUAUUAUUAUUUUUUGUCAUUGCUAUUGAUAGUUCAAUUAUCAAAUAACAAAUCUGCCAAAUUUCACAUUUAUAACUUAAAUGAUAAGCAUGUUAUUUGAAAAAAUAGCUGAAAUGUUAGAAACCAUAAUCUUUAAACGCGAUUUCCCAACAAUCUACUUUUUUGAGUUGUGCUUCUAUAUUACUGAGGGUGCGAUAUAUGUUAAAAUCCCUAAAAAGGGCUAUAUCAUAGAACUAGUUUUCACAGAACAAAAAACUUUGCAUUAUCUUAUCAGGUUAUACGCAUUUUAGGUAAGCACUGAUGAUGGUCGGCCAUCCGAUCGAAAACUAGAUCUGUGAUGUAGCCCUUUUUAGGGAUUUUAACAAAUAUACCUUUUAUAAAGGAUUUUUUUUCGUUUUUGUUUAUAGAGUAUUAUUAAGUUUGAAAAAUAAUUAAAUAAAUCAAAAUAUAAAAUU